AGUCCCGUUGAUGUUGCAGUGGGAGGAGACUGACGCUCUGUCCGGAGAGGCUGAACUUCAGACGGUGAAGUAAAGAUCAGCUGUCGCUCAGUGUUCCCUCUCAAAGUUUGAUUCGCUUAGGUCGAUUCACACCUUUACACCUGCGCUCACAUUCAUGAUGGACAGGAAGCAGUGUAUUGUGAAGUUGUUGGUCCAGCCGUCCAGAGGACUUGUGGAUGAGAAGUUUAUCAUCCUGGUCCAGAAGGCCCUGCCUGGUUACCAGCUGACCGUCCACGCUCUCCACAAGUGUGAAGAUGGACACAGCUGGGAGGCUUUUGGUCACUACAUCAGCAAUGCCACUGGGACUGUCAACGUGCCAGAGGAUCCCAGUCUGGGUGGGACAUAUUCUGGGGUUGAACAGAUGGGUCUACUUUGGAGCCUCAGACCAGUUUCAGGCAGCAAACCUGGACUCAGGUUAAGGAAGAUGAAUGUCCAGAUUCCCAUGGAGGUCACAAUCUCAGUGUACCAGGGUCACCAGACUGAGGGCUUCAUGGAUCAGGUGCCACUGGCCAGUGUGGUGGUGGAGCGCUGGUUCAUGGCGCCCGGCGUCCGCAGGAUCCCGAUCACAGAGGACGGCCUCACUGCGACCCUCUUCCUGCCUCCAGGACCAGGACCUUUCCCCGGCCUCUUAGAUCUGUGGGGUGGUGGAGGGCAGUUGGUGGAGUACCGUGCGUCUCUGCUGGCCUCUCAUGGCAUCGCCUCGCUGGCCCUCGACUACCUGACACCUAAAAUCACCAUGGAAACUAGGAAGAUGGUUGACCUCCAGUACUUUGAGAAGGCCUAUAAAGUCCUGGAGCAGCAUCCUCAGGUCAAUGGCAGCAGCAUCGGCAUGUUGGGUCUGUCCUUGGGCACCACUAUAACCCUCAAAAUGGCUGUUUACUCCCAAGUUAUGAAACUCAGGUGUGCAGUGUGCAUUAGUGGGAGUCAUGUGCAGCCAGUUGAUGGAUCUUUGGAGGAUAUCCUGACCUAUAUGAACCAAAACGCCAGCAAAACUCGCGUCAGUGAGGAGAACGAGUUCAUCUGGCGAGGUCUGCUGCUGCCAGUCCCCAGCGACCUUGCUUCCAAAGUGGACAUGGGACGACUCAAGUGUCCUCUGUUGGUGGUUGUAGGUGAAGACGACCAGAACUGGCCCGCCUCUGAGUCUGCAAUGGAUAUGAAGGAAAUGAUGGAGAAAGCGGGGAAUAGCCACCUGCUGACCAUCCUGUCAUAUCCGAACGCCGGUCACCUGAUUGAACCUCCGUACACGCCACACGCCAGAGCCAGUUUAUUCAGAAGCAUGGCGACACGAGAGAAGAUGAUGGCUCUCUGGGGCGGAGAGACAGUGGCACAUUCUCGUGCUCAGGAAGACGCCUGGAGGAAAUUGCUGGUCUUUCUGAAGGAGAAUCUGUACAGUGGCAGAAACCCUGGAGGGGGGAAGAGGAGGCGAGGCUGCCUGGAGAGGGCGGAGAGUUGGUUGGGGUUGGUGGAGAGUGGAAGUUCCCUCUUGUUGCGACUGGGCGGCACUCCUCCUUGGGUGGCGAAGAUGGCAGCAAAGACUCUUCCUCCUGGCACAGCUGACUUGUCUGUUCGAAUCUUAUCUCAGGCAGUAUUAGUUCUCCUUCCGAGGGAUGUCUUAUCAGUUGUUGUGGUUUAUCUUGCCUGUUGUCCUUGGAAGGAGGAAAUGAUGUGCGGUGCGAUGUUGGAGGUGAACAACCUUACUCCUGACUGGCAAAAUCUGUCUGCCUUAAAGAGGUGUCUGCGUUCCCAGAAAAUGGUAAAAUUGUCUAUAAAGUUCACCGACUGAGCAACACAUGUAGCUUUGAGCCAAUUAUUCAACAUCA